UUUCGGUGCCAAGGAGACAAGCCCAUCAAGGAAUAGCUCAUUUAUAAACCUGCGACGUUUCGCUGCCGUACGGUACUUUCUAGCUGGGAUAGACCUUCGACUUCGAAUCACCAUGUUGUUGUCUGUAGCCAUGAAUCGGGUCUCUCGUGCUGGAUUAUCAUUCUCGUCGACUCGACCUUUGUCGAGAUUCCUGUCCUCUACCACGAGGAAGCCAACCGGGGAUUCCAAGGGCGGCGAAGGUCAAAGCACAUUUGAAAAGGCCUUGGGAGAGUUGAAAAGUGAAGGACUUCGCAAGAUAUCUCCCAACGCAACGUCUAUUGACGCUCUUGCUUUGUGGGUGCAAAAAGGGUCGCUGGAUUUGGUUCCUAUGUACCAACGUGGAUACGUUUGGGAUGAAGCCAAGGCAUCUCGGUUGACAGUGACAGUUCUGUGUGAUCGCAUUGUACCAGCUGUGACUGUGCAUGAACGCGAAGAUGGAGUUCGUGAUGUUGUUGACGGAAAACAGCGGCUGUCUACAAUUCUUGGCUUCUAUCUUGCUGGGGAAAACCCAGAACUGCACAAAACAAUGGUUGAAAAUGGCACAAUGCCCACUAGUUUUAAAAAACUCACCAAUCUUGCUGAAGACUAUGACAUUCUGAAUGGAUUGGAGUUCAAAUCACUCAGCGAGACCCAUCAGAGACAAUUCUCCGGGUUUACGAUUCCUGUGACGACAAUUCCAGCGGGAACGUCCGACGAUGACGUUUUCUCUUGCUACGAAGACAUCAACUCGGGAGGGGAGGACUUGACUGCGCAACAGCUCCGAAGAGCCGCUUUCUGGGGUGAUUACAUCCGUUUACUUGAUGAGCUCGCACAGAACAAGGACUUUCAGCGUAUUCGGGACCCUGGAGCCUUGGACAAAGGGAAUUACGUCCUUUGCGAAAGAGAAAGUGAUCGCGAGCUAAUCUUGCGUGCGUUUGCUUGGGAACGCGGUGGAAAAGACUACCAGUACAAGAUUCCGAUGAAGAUUUUCUUCAAUCGGGAGCUGGGUCACUUCAAAGGCUUGUCCGACAAAGACAAGGAGUUGUUUCUGUCCCGACGAAAGACGGAGUUUGAGUUCAUUAUGAAGGUUUGGGGCAAUGUUUUCUCUGAAGAUAAUGGCGCCUUUCGGACCUGGACCAAGGACGGAGGUUGGGGCAACAACAUUUCAAAGCCAUUUUGGCCUUUGAUGUAUGCAGUCUUGACAGAAAUGAAGCGCAAGUAUCCCAAGGCCCAAAUGUACACGGAAUGCAAGAAAGAGCUACAAAAUGCUACCAAGUCAUUGUUCACAAAGCACAAAUUGGCGCUGUCACCACAAAGUGGAAAGAAAUUUUUGGAGCAAAAGGCUCUUGUCGACCGUGUCCUGUCAGAGGUUUUGAGUAAAGCCAAUCCUGAACAUAAUAAUGGGCCUAGGCGCUUUGCUGGUGAUCUUGACGAGUUGCGGCAACGACUGUAUGAUAAGCAGGAGGGGAACUGCAACAUUUGCAAUCAGACGCUUGAUGCAAAACGCAUUCAUGAUGGUUCCUACGCUCAUCUUGACCACAAAACACCUCACUCGAAAGGUGGUCUGUCGGAGGAAAACAAUGCGGCGCUCGCUCAUGCUGAAUGCAACCUACACAAGGGCGCUAAGACUGAGUGAGUGAAGGAAGAACCUCUGGCUAGCCGCUGAAGCUAAUUUUGGCUUGCCUUGAUAAAAGAGUAUAGUUUCAAGUUAUCGCACCGUUC